AUUACCAAUUGUAGAUUGAGCAAUUGUUAUAGACAACAAACUGAGCUCGCCUUUCCAUCUGAGUUUAAUUAUUUAAAGAUGUGAGUGCAGAACAUAUUGCGCCCGUAUUUUGCUAGAUAAGUUCGAGUUUUUGAGUGUUGUAAGCUGCUUCAGAUUUCCAGUUUACAAAAUGUCUCCGAAUAUGAUGAAAACACCACUCCCUCUGCUAACUGAGGAGCUUGUGGAGAACGUCCAAGUUUCCAAAGAAACUAAAACUGUUAAGAAGAGUUGGAAGAAUCUUUGGUGCUACUUUGGCGAUGAAGACAUGAAAUGGAAAAAUAUUAUGGUGUUGACUUCAAUACAUUUAUUCUUUUUAUAUAGCGUUUAUCACAUACUCAUCGUCAAGAAACUCUAUUAUAUGUUAUUCUUUUUCUACAUUUUCUAUGGUUAUGUUGGUGCUUUUGGAGUAACAGCUGGUGCCCAUAGAUACUACACUCAUAAAUGUUACAAAGUAAAACUUCCGUUGAGAAUCUUCUUGGUGAUGGCUCAUGCCAGUGCUGGAAUGAAUUCAAUGUUCCAUUGGGUGAGAGACCACAGAAUCCACCAUAAAUUCACGGAUACUGAAGCAGACCCCCACAACGCCAGUAGAGGAUUCUUCUUCUCCCACGUGGGGUGGCUUAUGGUGAAAAAAAAUCCUGCUGUCAUAAGGGAAGGUCGAAAGGUAGAUAUGAGUGAUGUCUUGGAGGAUCCUGUUGUCCAGUUUCAAGAGAAGCAUUUCGGUCUUUUGUCUUUGAUGCUGUGUCACGUAAUACCGAUUUUGAUACCUUGGUACUUUUGGAACUACGAGCUUUGGGACUGUUUCUGCAUGAAUAUGAUCAAGUGGGUUUAUUUGAUCAAUGGAGUUUGGGCAGUUAACAGUGCUGCUCAUAUUUGGGGUACUAAGCCAUACGAUAAAAAUAUCUUGCCAACGGAGAACAAAUGGGUCUCUUUCAUUGCUAUUGGUGAAGGAUGGCACAAUUACCAUCACACUUUCCCGUGGGAUUAUAAAGCUGCCGAACUGAGCUGGUGGUUGAACGUAACAGGUGUCUUUUUGAACAUAUUUGCCGCUUUAGGUUGGGUUUACGACCUGAAGACACCCUCUCAAGAGCUGAUCGAGAGGGUUGUGAAGAGCAGAGGUGAUGGAAGCAGAUUAGUAUGGGGAAAGGAGGUGCCAGAAACGGAAGAGAAGCAGAGCAUAGAUUGAAGCUUUUCUUAGAUUACCCAACAGUAGUUUUAGAGUAGGAUAGACAUCGUGAUAACUGCUAGAAGUGGAUGCAAUAAAGUUUUUGUCUUCACUGUUAGUACUUGACUACAAACUUUUCCUAAAGUAUUAUGUUAAAUUAAAAUAUAGGUACAGGAUUUCUCGUGAGA